UCAGCCCCUAGAGAAAUAACAGAAUCCAAGGGACAAGAAGAGGAACUUGUGAGCCUAGUUAAAUAUUUCAGUGUUGUCUGGAGUAAGGCUUCGAAGAAAAAACACAAAAAGUGGGAAGGAGAUGCUGUUCUUAUUGUGAAAGGGAGGUCAUGUAUAUUAAAAGAUUUGGAAGGCAAAGACAUUGGGAAAGAUUCUCUUGUUAUGCCAAGACCAGACAAGAAUCAUCAGUGGAUGUUCAGUAAAAACUGUUUCCCUCUUGUGGAUGUAGUGAUAGAUCCUCAUGUUGUGUAUCACCUUCGACCACAUCAAAAAGAAGGAAUCAUAUUCCUUUAUGAAUGUGUAAUGGGCAUGAGAAUGAAUGGCAGAUAUGGAGCUAUUCUUGCUGAUGAGAUGGGUUUAGGGAAGACGUUGCAGUGUAUUUCGCUCAUCUGGACCCUGCAGUGUCAGGGACCCUAUGGAGGCAAGCCAGUGAUAAAGAAAACCCUAAUUGUUACUCCUGGAAGCUUGGUGAAUAACUGGAGGAAAGAAUUUAAACAAUGGCUAGGAAGUGAAAGGAUCAAGAUAUUUGCUGUUGAUCAGGACCACAAAGUUGAAGAAUUCAUCAAAUCUACACUUUAUUCCGUUCUUAUCAUCAGCUAUGAAAUGUUACUUCGUUCCCUGGAUCAAAUUAAUAAUCUAAAAUUUGAUCUUUUAAUCUGUGAUGAGGGACAUCGUUUGAAGAAUAGUGCCAUUAAGACAACUACAGCUCUCUUUAGCCUUUCUUGUGAGAAAAGAAUAAUUCUAACUGGUACUCCAAUUCAGAAUGAUCUGCAGGAAUUUUUUGCAUUAAUUGAUUUUGUAAAUCCAGGAGUAUUAGGCUCUUUGUCAUCUUAUAGGAAAAUAUAUGAAGAACCCAUCGUUAUGUCACGAGAGCCUUCUGCUUCUGAGGAAGAGAAGCAGUUAGGAGACAGAAGAGCAGCUGAACUUACUCGUUUAACUGGACUUUUUAUCCUUAGAAGAACCCAGGAAGUCAUAAAUAAAUAUCUCCCACCUAAAAUAGAGAAUGUACUCUUUUGCCGACCAGGAACAUUACAGAUUGAACUUUAUAAAAAGCUGUUGAAUUCUCAGGCUGUCAGGUUCUGUCUUCAAGGGUCACUGGAAAAUAGUCCUCAUCUAAUAUGUAUAGGAGCUCUUAAAAAACUGUGCAAUCACCCCUGCCUUUUGUUCAACUCCAUAAAGGGAAAAGAAUGUAGUUCAACUAGUGAUGGAAACGAAGAAAAGAGUCUAUAUGAAGGCUUACUAAGUGUGUUUCCUGCUGAUUACAACUCUCUGGAGUGUACUGAGAAGGACUCAGGAAAGCUACAGGUGCUGUCAAAACUCCUCACUGUUAUCCGUGAGCUUCGUCCUACUGAAAAGGUGGUGUUGGUGUCCAACUAUACACAGACCUUGAAUAUUUUGCAAGAUGUCUGCAAGCGUUAUGGAUAUGCUUAUGCAAGACUUGAUGGACAAACACCAAUCUCUCAAAGACAGAAAAUUGUUGAUGGUUUUAAUAGUAAAUACUCUUCUGACUUUAUUUUUUUGUUAAGUUCAAAAGCUGGUGGUGUAGGACUUAAUCUUAUUGGAGGAUCUCACUUAAUUCUGUAUGACAUUGAUUGGAAUCCAGCUACUGAUAUCCAGGCUAUGUCUAGAGUAUGGAGAGAUGGUCAGAAACAUGCCGUGCAUAUUUAUAGACUCCUAACCACAGGUACAAUAGAAGAAAAGAUCUAUCAAAGACAGAUCAGUAAGCAGGCUCUUUCUGGGGCAGUUGUAGAUCUAACCAAGACAUCCGAACAUAUUCAGUUUUCAGUAGAGGAACUUAAAAAUUUGUUCACGUUGCAUGAAAAUUCACAUUGUGUUACUCAUGACCUCCUUGAAUGUGAGUGCAGUGGAGAAGAUCACACAGAUGAUUCUUUGGAAAAAGAUGCUGUCACUAGACAUUGUCAGCUUGGUCUCGGUCAACACAAAUCUAGCUCCUUGAAACCUCUUUCCAUGUCACAACUGAAGAAAUGGAAGCAUUUUUCUGGAGAUCAUUUAAAUCUUAUAGAUCCUUUUCUUGAAAGAAUAAGAGAAAAUGUGUCAUUCUUUUUUCAGAAUAUAACCAAUCAAGCUACUUGUAUAUAA